UUCACAUUUCUAAUUCCUUUCUCAACUCAAAUGGCCUUUUCAGUUUGCCAUUAAAUAACCACUACAUCAACAACUUAGUCAGCUCCAUUCCAUCAUAUUCAAUUCUCUAUCAUGGCACCAAGGUCAAGCAAAGGAAAAGGAAACAAAACCAAGUCUGAUAACAAGAAGAAGAAAGAAGAAAAAGUUGUUCCUAGUGUUCUGGACAUAACAGUUAUUACUCCUUAUGAAACACAAGCUAUACUUAAGGGCAUAUCCACAGACAAAAUCAUCGACGUGAAGAAGUUACUAGCUGUUAAUAUCGAUACUUGCCAUCUUACAAACUACUCGCUGUCACACGAGGUUAAAGGAGCAAAAUUGAAUGAUAGGUUGGAUUUGGUUACUCUCAGACCAUGUUUGAUAAAGAUGGUUGAAGAGGACUACACUAAUGAGUCACAUGCGGUGGAGCACGUGCGACGGUUGCUGGACAUAGUAGCAAGCACAACGCGUUUCACGAAGCCCAAAGCCGGAAAAACCACCGCCGGCGCCGGUGGAGAAGCCAGAUCGAAGAAAUCACGAUCACAGAACGUGCAGGCGGGCCGACCUUUAUCUCCACCGUCCGAUGGAACAGAAACCGUUGAAAAUGGUAGUUCCGAGAAUCUCGACAUGGCAGCGAUUCAUCCGGUUCCGAAACUUUCCGAUUUUUACGAGUUUUUCAAUUUCUCAAAUCUCUCUCCGCCUAUUUUACAUUUGAAACGAAUUGAACGUCAUGAUGCACAUGAUCUACGUGAGGGUGAUCAUUUCGAAAUGCAGAUUAAAAUAUGCAAUAGCAAGGUAUUUCAAGUUGUUGCAUCCACAAAGGGUUUUUACGCCUUGGGAAAGCAAUUUUUGCAAAGCCAUUCCCUGGUGGAUCUUCUUCAACAGCUUAGCCAAGCUUUUGCUAAUGCAUAUGAAUCGUUGAUGAAAGCCUAUGCAGAACAUAAUAAGUUUGGUAAUCUUCCAUAUGGUUUCCGGGCGAAUUCCUGGCUAGUUCCACCAUCCAUUUUGGAUUCAGGAUCAAACUUCCAGCCACUUCCAUCAGAAGAUGAGACCUGGGGUGGGAAUGGUGGUGGCCAAGGGCAAAAUGGUCAACAUGACCGUAGAGCAUGGGCUACUGAGUUUGCAAUUUUGGCCAGCCUUCCUUGCAAAACUGAGGAAGAAAGGGUGGUUCGUGACCGAAAGGCGUUCUUGCUACAUAGUUUAUUUGUCGAUGUCUCCAUCUUUAAAGCUGUUUCAACCAUACGCAAAGUUAUAGAUUCUGUUGCAGCAGAGAACUGUCCUCCUGGAUCGAUCAUAAGUGAGGAUCGUGUGGGGGACUUGUCUAUUACAGUGAGACGAGAUACUGCUGAUGCAAGCUUGAAGUCAGGUGUGAAGGUGAUCGGAAUUGGAUCUCCUGACAUGUCUUGUGAAGAAGUUGCUAUACGGAAUUUACUUAAAGGAGUAACGGCAGAUGAGAGUGCAGUUGUCCAUGACACUACCUCGAUGGGUACAGUAUUUCUAAGACAUUGUGGAUACACAGCAACGGUAAAGAUUGUUGGUGACAUCAAAAAGGCAAAGUUCAUGUCACAAGAUAUUGUGAUUGAUGAUCAGCCUGAAGGUGGAGCCAACGCCCUUAACAUUAACAGUUUAAGGUCUCUGCUUCCCAAUUCAAGAGAUGGGGAAUCAUCAGGAUCCAAGUCACCUCAACCUGAACAGGGCAGUUUUGAAUCUUCAAGGUGUUUGGUUAGACGAGUAAUAAAAGAAAGUUUGAUCAACUUGGAGAAGUCAGCUGAUUCCGGGAAGCCUAUUAGAUGGGAGUUGGGCUCUUGUUGGUUACAACAUUUGCAAAAACAGGAAGCACCAACAGGAGAUGAUCCAGAGAGACCCAAUGAAGAUAAAGCUGAAACAGUUGUAGGCUUAGGAAAACAAUUUAAAUUGCUAAAGAAGCGGGAAAAGAAGCAGAAUGAUACUAAUUGCUCAGAUAAUACAGAAGCAAGCAGUUUAGGUCAAGAAAGCACUGCGUUAGAGCCAGACAGUCAAGAGUUAAACGUUGACUCUGACCUUAAGAAACUGAUUUCAGAAGAAGCCUUCUUACGGUUGAGAGAAAGCAGAACUGGUCUUCACUUGAAGUCAGGAGAUGAGCUUAUUGAAAUGGCACACAAGUAUUAUGAUGAAGUGGCAUUGCCUAAGCUGGUAACAGACUUUGGAUCACUUGAACUUUCUCCCGUUGAUGGGCGCACACUUACUGAUUUCAUGCAUUUAAGAGGGUUGCAGAUGCGUUCAUUGGGACGUGUGGUUGAGCUUGCUGAGAAGCUUCCACAUAUACGAUCACUUUGUGUUCAUGAGAUGGUCACACGUGCCUUUAAGCAUAUACUUAAAGCUGUUAUUGCUUCAGCUGAAAACUUUUCAGAGGUGUCGGCAGCUAUAGUCUCAACUUUAAAUUUCUUGUUUGGGAUGUCGGGAGAAGACAAUAAUAAUCAAGAGUUUCUUGAUGAUCAAAGUCUUAAGUUACAAUGGUUACAAUCUUUUCUAGCUAAACGAUAUGAUUGGAAGAUAAAAGAUGAACACCAACACUUGAGGAAGUUUUCUGUUCUCCGAGGGCUGUGUCACAAGAUUGGAUUGGAGUUGGCUUCAAGAGACUAUGAUAUGGAUAGUCCAAAUCCAUUUAAGAGUUCUGAUAUUAUCAGCAUGGUUCCAGUAUGCAAGCAUGUUCUAUGUUCUUCUGCUGAUGGGAGGACACUACUGGAGUCAUCUAAGAUUGCACUGGAUAAAGGAAAGCUAGAAGAUGCAGUUAACUGUGGAACCAAGGCACUUGCAAAGAUGAUAGCUGUAUGUGGUCCUUAUCACCGAACCACUGCGAGUGCUUACAGUCUCCUGGCAGUCGUUCUUUAUCACACCGGUGACUUUAAUCAGGCAACCAUUUAUCAACAAAGGGCUUUGGAUAUCAAUGAGAGAGAACUUGGUCUUGACCAUCCUGACACGAUGAAAAGUUAUGGGGAUCUUUCAGUUUUCUACUACCGUCUCCAACAUAUUGAAUUGGCACUCAAAUAUGUGAACCGUGCACUGUUCCUUUUGUAUUUCACAUGUGGACUCUCACACCCCAACACUGCUGCAACUUAUAUAAAUGUAGCUAUGAUGGAAGAGGGUAUGGGCAAUGUCCAUGUUGCCCUCAGAUACCUCCAUGAAGCCUUAAAAUGCAACCAAAGAUUAUUAGGAGUCGAUCAUAUACAGACAGCUGCUAGCUAUCAUGCAAUAGCUAUAGCUCUUUCUCUGAUGGAAGCUUAUUCCCUGAGUGUGCAACAUGAGCAAACUACAUUACAGAUACUUCAAGCAAAAUUGGGAGCAGAAGAUCUUCGUACUCAGGAUGCUGCUGCGUGGCUAGAAUAUUUUGAGUCAAAAGCUUUAGAACAGCAAGAAGCAGCAAGAAAUGGAACUCCAAAACCGGAUGCAUCUAUUGCCAGCAAGGGUCACCUUAGUGUAUCAGAUCUACUUGAUUUUAUUAGUCCAGAUCAGGACUCGAAGGGGGCAGAUGCACAGAGGAAACGACGUGCCAAGGCAUCACCAGUGGGUGAGAAGGCUCCAGGACUACAGAUUGAUGCACAAAAUGAUGACUCGGGUAUUCAUGAUACUGUUGAAACCACAACAAAAGCAGAACCUACUAUCCGGGAGGAUAUACAAGAGGUGGUUAUCCAAGAAGUGACGGAUAUGGAUAAUACUACUAAACAUGAUACAAUAGUUGCAGAAGAUGUUCAAAAAUUAAUCUCUGAUGAGGGAUGGCAAGAAGCAAACCCGAAAGUGCGGUCAGGAAAUGGUGGUCCAAAAAAGUUCAGCCGAAGAAGACCUGAACUAACUAAACUACACAUCAACAGUGUUGAAAAAACUGUAUCCAGAGAACACUCUAAUAGGGGACAGAAAGUAACACCAAGACCGACUUCAACAGAGUUAACUCAGUCAAAGCAGUCAAAGGUGAGCUUGACCGGUGGUGAGGACAUGGCCAAGCCACUGAUGCGGACUUCAGUUCCCAGAAGCUCUCCUAGGAUUUCCCCAACUACAGCAACUCUUAGUGCCAUGGCUUCAAAGUCUGUGUCAUACAAAGAAGUUGCCGUAGCCCCACCAGGUACGAUUCUGAAGCCAUUACUUGAGAAAGUAGAAGAAGUCGAGGAGCAAGAGAUGGUAAAAAAUGAUGAGAUCCUGACCUCCAGUGGUUCGGGUGACGCAUCAGAAGCCAAGAAUGAAGAAGUUGGUUUAGACGACACAAUACCAGAUGAUGAAGUUAUUAAAGAAGUCGACAUAGUUCAUGAGACUGUAUCAAAAUUGGAAAAAUUACCAGGAGAAAUGGAAGAUUCAAAAUCAGGAGGUAAUAAAUCUGAGAGUGCCACAGAAACAAACGGUAGCAAACUCUCAGCUUCAGCCCAACCAUUCAGUCCAGCUUCUGUACCUAUGACCCAUCCUAUUGCAACAAAUAUGUACGAUGUUAUAGCCAGCCAAGGCAUGUUAGCUGAGCCAGUUGGGUUUCCACCAAUUGCUGCCCGUGUUCCAUGUGGGCCCAGAUCACCUUUAUACUACCGGAUGAGCCAUUCAUUUCGCAUGAAAAAUGGGUUCUUGAAGUAUCAGAUACCUGGUAGUGGUUUAGGUAAUAGCCCAAGAAUCAUGAACCCACAUGCACCUGAGUUUGUGCCGAAACGAGCCUGGCAAGGUUCAGAAGCCGGGGGAGGUUCAGAGUGUGCAACUAGUGCAAAAAGUGACGAGAGGUCAAGAAAGACCAGCUCAGAGGCCGAGAAGGCAGAACUUGCAAGACAGAUUCUUCUCAGUUUCAUUGUGAAGUCGGUCCACGAUAACUCCGAGUCCAGACCCGAGCCCGUUUUGGCUAAUGAGAAAAGGCCAGAGUACAACGAUAGUUCUAAUGAAGCAAUUGCAAAAGACAGUGCAAUUAUAAAGAUUCUUUACGGGAAUGAAGGACAAGAGACAAACGAGCAGAAGACCAACAAAAACGGAGAUGGUGAAGGGUUUGUGAUGGUGACAAAACGCAGACGAAACAAGCAGCAGUUUGCAAGUGGGGUAAGUGGGUUAUAUAACCAUGCUUCACAACAAUCUGUAUCUGCUUCAGUACGUUGAAGAGAAUUUGGUUGAAACGAGGAGCAAAGCAAUUCGUGAUUUUUGAUAACAGAUGCAGAUAGGCUGUUGUUGUUCUGAUUCAUUUUGUUCGAGUAAUAAAAUAGUAACAUAAUAAAUGUACGUUACAUGAUAUACUUCAUAUUGCAGAGGUUUUUGGCUCUAAUAAAUGGCUAUUAGUUAAUUA